AUGCCUCUUCCCAACGAACCCGUCAAAGUCACCGGUGGCUGCUCUUGCGGCGCCGUCCGCUAUCGCAUGGACGUUCCUGCAUUGGAAAACCGUCCCUUAAACCCCCUCAGCCCUCCGGCAUUUGGGAUCAAACUUCCAGGCGCCAUAACAUGCCACUGCAACGAUUGCCGCAGAUCGACCAGUUCAUUCCUUGCAGUCGGCAUUCUUGACAUCCCAGCUCCUAUGCUCACCGUCUCCGCCAUGUCACCCUCAUCCGAAUCAGAUAUUGUAUCUGGUCGAAUCCUGGAUGUCCUUGCAGAUGGCUAUGACGCUGAGAAGACUGAUACAGACCGUCCUCCUUACGUCCCAGCUAUGGAUGUUCUCCGCGCAACAGGCGACACCAAAACAUGGUUACGCUUCUUCCACUCCACUAAAUGCAGUUCCGAUGUAUCCCGCAGCUUCUGUGGGCGUUGCGGGACGCAGUUAUGCUACCACUUCAAACUGGAGCCGGAAUAUUGCGCUGAUGGAAAAUUACCGGAUGGAUGGCGGGACUCUUUUCACCUGUAUCUCGGAACUCUGGAUCGCGAGUUUCUCGAGAAGGAUUGGUUCAACCCUUAUAGUGAAGGAAAUUUUAAGUAUGGAACAUAUUUCAGUAGAUGUGUUUCUGCGACGGCCAAGGGAUUGAAGGACCUGCCCAAGAUGCAGGAGUUUGAUGGUCAGGUUACUGAGGAGGAGUUGGCAGCUUUGAGAUCUUAG